GAAGCGGACAACGCGGGGGCUGGGCAGCAGCUAAAAAGCCUAUCUAUCGCCACAGCGGCCGGCCCCGAGGGGAGGAAUCGCCGACUUCCGCAGAGGCACGGGGGGAAUAACAAGGGGAGGGAGAGAGCGCCGCGCCCCGCCCCAGCCGCCGGCGACGGUCACAUGCCGAUCGCCUCCUGCCUCCGCGCGCCGCCCGCCGCGUCGUCCGCCGCGCAGCGCCUCAGGCUCCCCCCUCCGCCGCCGCCGUUCGCGGCGGCGCUGCCGGGAGGGGCCCGGCGCAGGAGAGUGAGGGUGGCGUCCGCGUCCGCGUCGCCCUUCGACGAGCUCCACGCGCGGGGGAGGCCCGUGCACGGGCCCUCCUCCAAGAAAUCCAUGCUCUGGAACUUGAUCCAGGAUAUAGAGCCUCUGGACCUAAGUGUCAUCCAGAAAGAUGUUGCUCCUGAAACGGUAGAUGCAAUGAAGAGGACCAUUUCUGGCAUGUUGGGUCUGCUUCCAUCUGAUCAAUUCCGUGUUGUUGUAGAAGCCCUUUGGAAUCCCUUCUUCAAGUUAUUGGUAUCUUCAAUUAUGACUGGGUAUACUCUACGUAAUGCCGAAUACAGGCUUUCUUUUGAAAGAAAUCUAGAACUUUCUGAAGAUGCAGAAUGUCCAAAAACUGACAUCACCGGAGAUAAUCAUCAUAACAUCAAUUUGGGUGAGCCUGUCGCGAUUUUUAGAUUGUCAGAAGAGGACGCACCCCAGGACCCUGGAAAAAGUGAUGAAGAAUCAUCAUGUGAAAGUAUGGGUGAAGAGCUAGGUAACUUAACACCUCAAGCAGAAGAGUACAUUAUUGAGAUGCAAUCUCGUUUGGAUGCCAUGAAAAAGGAGUUACAUGACCUCAGGAGAAAAAACUCUGCCCUACAGAUGCAACAGUUCGUUGGAGAGGAAAAAAAUGACUUGCUGGACUAUUUAAGGUCACUGACCCCAGAGAAGGUUGCUAAACUAUCGGAGUCUACGUGUCCCGGAGUGCAAGAAGCAAUUCAUUCUGUGGUGCAUGGUUUGCUGGCUACUCUUUCCCCUAAGAUACACUCAAAGGCCACUCCGCCGCUAGAGAACGCUGCUGGGGGUGCCCUAAACCUUGGGGGUGAGGAUGAUGAUUGUGCGGAGCUUGUUGAGAAUGCUUCCCUCCCAUUUCAGCCCCUAAUAUCUGUUCGCCGUGACUAUCUUGCACGUUUGCUGUUCUGGUGCAUGCUGCUGGGUCACUACAUCCGGGGUCUGGAGUACCGGUUAGAACUGACGCAGCUUCUGCGAAUAUCCAGUGAUGUGGGUUCUUUCUCAAGUGGUGAUGAUCAUGUUAUUUGAAAAUGUCAUGUUUACCGACAUUCCUCAAUGGAGAGAAUGGAAAUCCCUGGCCGAGAAAUGGCGGAGGUGGUGGUUACACGGCAUUCCCUGUCAAAAGGAUGCCCUAAAACAGGGAUCACUGAGCUAUAGUUCUUGUUGUAGUUCUUGUAAAGUCGGGAAACAGUCAUUCGGGUGUAAAGCUAGUGCUACAUAUCGAACUACUUUCUUUUCCUUCCUUUUUAUUUAUGUUGUGCCGUAUAAAAAAGAAUUUGGUUGUUUUUUGCGGUUAAACUUGUGUAGGCAUCCUGUAUUUUACUUGUAUGUAUAUGGUUGAUGUUGUCCAUGCA